AUGCCUCGUGCGGCACAAACAUCCACUUCUGUUGCGAAGGGAAAUAAGCCUUAUCAGGCAGCCAGCGAACGCAAAGUCAUCGGGAGACUUCCUCCAAAUCCGCCCCGGACUUUGCGCUGUUCACAUCCCGGAUGCCCCUGGAGCUUCGACAAGAAGACAGACCUCACCCGCCAUAUCAUUUUACAUCGAUCCAAAGAGGAACGUGAAGCUAGGAAGAUUUCCUGCCCAUAUGCAUCAGCGGGCUGCACGUUCAAGACCUUACAAAGUUCCAACCUGAAGACGCAUCUGAACACACAUACCGGCGCAAAGCCGUUCAAAUGCUCAUUCUGCCCUUACGCCGCUGGAGACCGCUCGUGUGUCUAUAAACACGAAGCGAAAUACCACAAGUCCAGCAACGAGACGCAGAAGUCGAGGAAGGCAUACAAACCACGCUCCAGACGUUCUCCCAGUUUGUCGUCGUCAGACUCCAGCCUGGACUACGCUUUCCAUUCCAUCUCGCUCUCGCCUUCCAGCAGCUGCACCUCGGAAUCCGAGUCCUCGUCACCGUCAUCAUGCGGCUCUCCCAUCAGCUUGACCGAUGCGUCCAUGCCCGCGUUUGACUCGACGUGGAAUUGGGAUCCGAGUUUCGAGGCGGCUUUAUUGCAACUGGAGCCCUGGGAGUGUCCCCCUCCAAUGGACACCAGCUACAACUGGGUCCCGCCCAGCAUUUACCCCGCCAACGAAACUCAGUUCGGUCUCCCAAUGCCGGCGACUAGUUAUCCCGCAACCCAACAAACGCAACCUGCGUUUGCGACGCUCAUGCAAUCGAACGAUCUAUUCUUCGACUCAACAUUCUACCCAGUCGCGGAAUCCGAGACGUUGUUGCCGGAUACCCCGAUAUUCACGGGCGAGUGGCAGGAUGUCAGCUUUGUUUCGGGCUGCUGA